AUGUGCCAAAGAAAAUAUUUCACCGAGGAAAUUCGGAGUUUGUCGUCUUCGCAGAUGGUCCAUCGGAAGAGCACGCUCAUAUCACUGGAUCCGUAUCUCGAUGAUCAUCAAAUUUUGAGAGUUGGUGGUCGUCUCAAUAAUUCUGUUUUCAAUGAGGAUAUGAAACAUCCAAUCAUAAUUCCUCAUAAAUCGCAUUUCACAAAAUUACUUAUUGACGAAGCUCAUGUAAGCACAUUGCACGGAGGUCCGCAGAUAAUGCUUAAUUAUCUGCGGUCCAUGUAUUGGAUUAUUGGUGCCAAGGGAUUGGUUCGCCAGUUUGUAAGAAGAUGUGUAACUUGCACGCGAUAUUCAAAUCAAAAUAAUCAGCCAAUGAUGGGUCAAUUACCGACAGUCAGAGUAACAUCACAUCGCCCUUUCAGCAAAACGGGAGUGGAUUAUGCCGGUCCAAUAGCCAUAAGAGCUACAAAGGGAAGGGGUCAUCAUGCAACAAAGGGUUACAUUUGUGUGUUCGUUUGCAUGUCAACAAAGGCGGUACACUUAGAAGUGGUCAGUGACAUGACGGCAGAGGCUUUUAUAGCAGCUUUUAAAAGACUAGUUGCUAGACGUGGGCAUGUCACAGAAAUGUGGAGCGACAAUGGCACAACAUUUGUGGGUGCAGCUCGACAACUCACUGAGUUAUUCGAUAUCGAGAGCUCGAUUGUUGCCACCGAAAUCGCCGACUGGUUAGCGUCUAAUGGAACGGAUUGGCAUUUCAUUCCGCCUCAUUCACCAAAUUUCGGAGGGUUGUGGGAGGCGGCUGUAAAGUCAAUUAAAUUCCAUUUGGCCAGAAUUGUGGGAAACGCCACACUGACAUUCGAAGAGAUGACCACCACUCUCGCUCAAAUUGAGGCAUGCCUCAAUUCAAGGCCUAUUUCGCAGCUCACAAGUGACCCACAAGAUCCCUGUCCGCUGACACCAGGUCACUUUUUAGUAGGUGAGCCUCUUGUGUUGGUUCCGGACGACAAUUAUGAGAAGGCAAAUGUCACUAAUUUGAAGCGAUGGCAUCUCACACAGAGAAUGACACAAACCUUCUGGCGCAGAUGGACUGAGGAAUACCUCACCCAACUGCAACAACGCUACAAAUGGAGAUGUCGUAUUCCAGAACCGAAUGUGGGAGAUUUGGUUCUAAUAAAGGAAGACGGAUUACCUCCCGCUCGAUGGCUGUAUGGAGUAAUCGUAGAGAAGCAUCCUGGACAUGAUGGGGUUACACGCGUUUGCAGUCUCAAAUGUAAAGAGGGGAUCCCGGGAUCUCCGGUAGGAACGCUCACGGUACCCCUCGCGCGCCUGCCAUUGGCAAUCCACUCGCAUGUAGUCGCGGACUACCCUACGCGCAUGCCUAACACUACGACAGACUGCAGCCACAACAGUCUGUCGCCCUCCUCACGUUGCCUAUUGAAUGUGCGCAGCCCCCGCCGCACACACUCUGCAACGAUAAAGGCAAGAGCUCGUCGGGUCUACUAA